UUUGACAGAAGUACAGAAAGUAACAAAUUCUAGUACCAAACCAUUUUUCAUGUUCUAGUAUCGAAGUUUCGGUAUACCGUGCAACACCACUACAGAGUUACAACCAAAGAGGGUGAUCAACCAAUGAGCAUUCUCAUUGGUUGAGCAUUCUGUUCUAAGUGGAUAAUCUGCUCAAUAUGUCAUUCAAUAACAGUCAAUCCCUCCUAUCAAUAUCUAGUGGCAAGUGAAUUGACACUGCACUGUUUGCUUAUUAUGAAAUGAAGGUAAUGCAAUAGUUUUUGGUCCAGACCAGCAGACACCUCUGUUUAUGUUCCUUUCAGGAUGUCCAAAAUUGAGCGUCUGAAUGCCCGUGUGGCGAAGCUGCUGACGGUGGCAGUGCAUGAGGUUCUGGAGGUGGUGAAAGAGACUGUAUCAGAGUACCAGGAGAAAACAGCCAGAACUCAAAGAGAGAAUGAGAGUCUGAGGAGAAGACUGCAGGAAAUGCAGGACAAGAUGAAGAGAGAGAACACAGGUGAGUCGUGAUAGUGUCUCAAUGGUGGCGGGUGGCUGGCCAACAUAAUCAAAUCAAUAACAUGCCAUUUUCUGCUGCUUGCUCAAGUUCACCCUUUCACCGUUUUGUUUUGCAGCUGCUAAACUUGCAACAUUUCCUGCGACUGGUGGCUGUGGAAGAGCGGCCAUCGAGAAACCGUCAGAGCAGGGUUGGAGCCCUAGUCUGAGACAGGACAGCCCAGAGCCCACACAGGUAGACGAGAAACCAGCACUCACCUUCGAACAGACUGUGAGACUAAGGCAGGAGGAGGAGGAGUACAAUGCACUGGAGCUGGAUCAAACAGCAGACUAUGAGACAGAGUGUAACUUUACCCUAACCUUACCCGGGCAUCAUGAGAGGGUGGCACAGCAAUCAGAUGAAGCUGUUUCGGUCCACGUGCCUCAGGGUCUGAAAAAGGACUCACAUUCAGACUUGAAUAGCGCUUCUCAGGGAAACACCCAGCUUGGCAUCAAUCUGACUGUUAUCAAGACGGAACCCGAGCCCACCGAGUGCUCAGCACCUGAACCGCUGACUAUCCCGGAGACCUUUGAUUGUGUCGAUUUAAGCUGCAAUUCCACGCGCUACGACCCAACAACGAGUGCUCACAAGUCUCAUGUGAGCACAGGACCAUAUAAUGAACUCGUAUUCGUCCACUCGAGUCACAACAGCGUCGGGAGGAGGUUUGGGUUCGGGAAAAACAGCAGGGACGGGAGGAAACACCACAGGCAACACUUCAGGAGGGACGAGCCUCACAGCUGCUUCGUGUGCGGCAAGACGUUCAGCCGGGUGGGGAACCUGCGUAUCCACCAGCGCUGUCACACGGGCGAGAAACCCUACUGCUGCCUUCAGUGCGGCCGGUGUUUCAGUCAGGCCGGGGACCUCAAAAAGCACAAGAGGGUCCACACAGGGGAGAAGCCGUACUAUUGCGGCCAGUGCGGCAAGAGCUUCAGCCGCGGGGAAAACCUAAAGAGGCAUCAGAAGAUCCACAUCGGAGAGACCUUACACCUGCAGCAGGCGUGGAGAGAUCAACAGUCGAAC